UUUUUGCCAUUGAGAGCUACGUAGAUACUAAAGAGAGAGCGGCAGAGAGACAGGGCACGUAUCUGUUCACAGACGGCAGAAGAAGACAGAGGACGACUUACGUACCCAACGGAGGCUCAAGGCGGAGCGAUGAUGCUGUGGCCGCGAUCAAGCGAUGAAGGCGACGACGAGUGGGCUUAUCUGAUUUCCGUCGGCGACUGCUUGGACCUGGGGCCGGACAAUCUACUUACUGCCGGUAAUUACGCCGACGAUUUAGACUCCCUCCCUAUACUGCAGACAACCCAGCGGUACGUCGACACCAUGCAUGAUUUAGAUGCUCUUCUUAACAAGGACCGUGACUUAGACCACCACCGCCCCGAGUACCAGGUCAUAGUCGACUGCAACGCGUUGUCACUUGACAUCGACGACGAGAUUCUCACCAUCCACAACUUCAUCCGAGACAACUACAGGUACAAAUUCCCUGAGCUUGAAUCGCUCGUUCUUCAUCCCAUCGAUUACGCCCGACUGGUUAAAAAGAUCGGCAACGAAACGGACCUGACCCUUGUCGACCUGGAAGGCCUUGUACCCUCUGCCAUGAUUAUGGUAAUUUCGAUUACGGCUUCAACCACCGGCGGCAAACCACUCUCGGAGGAAGUCCUCCGGAAGACAAUCGACGCGUGCGAUCGCGCUCUCGCUCUCGACUCGUCGAAGAAGAAGGUGCUCGAUUUUCUGGAGAGCGGAAUGGGAUUUGUAGCGCCGAAUCUUUCUGCUGUUGUAGGGAGCGCAGUCGCGGCCAAGCUUAUGGUGGCUGCUGGUGGUCUAUCGGGGUUGGCUUUUAUGCCUUCUUGCAAUGUUCUGCUCCUCGGUGCUAAGAAAACGGACUUAGCAGGUUUUUCUACCGCGACGUCCCUGUUUCGCGUGGGCUAUAUUGAACAAGCGGAGAUUUUCCAGAGUACACCCCCUCCUUCGAGGAAGCGUGCCUGCAAGCUACUGGCUGGAAAAUCAACACUGGCUGCACGCUUAGACUCUCUUGGAGGAGAUCCAACUGGGGAGACAGGGAGAGGCUAUCAUGAUGAGAUUCGCAAAACUAUUGAAAAGUGGCAAGAGCUGCAGCCAGCCAAGCGUGCUAAACCGCUGCCGGUUCCUGAUUAUAAGCUGGCCAAGAAGAAGAGAGGAGGCCGCCGGUUGAGGAAGAUGAAGCAAAGGUAUGCGAUGACGGACGAGAGGAAGAAGGCAAAUAGGAUGAAGUUUGGAGUUCCUGAAGAGUGAAGAGAGUGGUGAUGGACUUGGAGAAAGGUAUGGUAUGUAUGUUCAGGCUGGGAAUGGAAGGUUGCGUGUAUCAGUUGGCAGGAGAAAACUUGCUGCAAAAGUAGCUAAGAAGUUCAAGGAAAAGCUCUGUGGAAGCAGUGAUGCUACCUGAGGAAUUACUUCAAGUUUUUCCUUUACACCUGCCCGGGUUUUUAUUCCACUCCUUAUUUUUUCCUAAGCAUAUCUCUAUUGAUUUCAAGUUGCAUUCAUGUUCUAAUUUUGCCAUUUAGUAGACCUAUAUCUGUGGAUACUAGUGGCAAUUUCGAGUUCUGAUUUACCGAUACUGCUACUUCUGACCAUUCUUUACAAAAAUUGUGAUUUUGCAGGCA